AUGGGCUUCUUCAAGCGCUUCUCGCGUAAGAAGAGCAAGCCCGCCAAUGUAGCCCCAUGGAAUGAAGCUUACUCGUCGGCCACCUACACGUACACCGGACCUGACCAGACCCAACGGUUGCCGGAGAAUGUUUUGCGCCGCAUCUUCGAGGAGCUCUGUCCGCACUCGGCCGACGAGACGCUGGAUGGCAGUGAAGACAGUGGCAACGAUGGGUGCAUGAGCUGUGACAUGCGCGACCUGGCGCACUGCGCGCUGACCAGGCGACAAUGGUGUGGAAUGCUGCUACCAGGCAGCAUCGAGGCUGACUUGUGCAGAUACAACAGCAUCCGGAUUGACGCGGUCCACUACUGCGCGCUCGAAGAGGUCUUUGCGGACCAGCGAAGGAAGUCGCGCCACGGAGACGAGGUCGACCGCCCCACCGCCCGACUCCAGCAGCUGUGCCAGAGCGUGCGCGGCAACCAGUACCUCGGCCAGCGCGUGCGCUUCAUCAAGCUGCCAUACAUGCUGAGAGAGUCGGCAAAGGCGGACCUCGCGCGGACCGUCUCAGGCUGUCCCAACCUCGAAUACAUCGACCUGCCAGAUGGCUUCUACACCGGCGACCCAUCGUGCCAGUUGCUGCGGCAGGAGCUCCAGGCGCGCUGUCCCCACAUCAGGAAGAUGAAGUACAACGAGGGCGGAGAGCAGACCCUCGAGUCGCUCAUGCACGGCUACUGGCAAGAGCUGAGCGUCAUCGAGCUGAACAAGAUCCACAUCGAACCCAGCGUGCUGCGCCAGGUCUUUGGCAUGCUUCCCAACCUCAGCGAGCUCGUCGUUGUGGCACUAGGACACUGUGAGGCUGGAAAAGGGUGCACCGGCGUCACUGCCGAAGGUCUGGCGCAGUACCUCUCCAGUCCCAUGUGUGCAAACAGGCUGCGGACCCUUGUCAUAAAGAACUGCUCUGACAUCCUGCCUACAUCUCUCUACAUGGUCCUCCAGGCGGCGACAAGUCUGAAGACACUAGAGUAUACUGCACUCGUGGCAGCUUCUCUCCCACUAGAUCCGAUUCCGCCCAUGGGCUCCUAUACACUACACAAGCUGAACUACGAGAUCAUAUCCACUUCCUCGAAUCAUCUGUACCCUCCAGGCGCCUCGUACUAUCAGUACCUCGCCAAGUCGCUCAUGAACAACUGUCUUCCCGCCCUCCGCCAGCUCUACGUACGCGACCCAGACUUCCCAGAGAUCCUCACAUUAGCACCACCUGUCCGGCCUUUCAGCGAAGCACCACCUCCCAUGUUCAACCAGCCGCUCGAAGUGUAUUCAAAAGGUCUUGAUGAGCUUGAGUGGAUCUUCACAUCUAUCAUACCUCCGGAGGGUCAUGGGCGUCGCGCAUCAAUAUCCGUUGGACGGCCAGUAAGCAGCUAUUCGGCGCACAAAGGACUUGGCGCGCAAUGGGGAGGAGAUGCAAGAAAGAGUGUGGUCGUACCGAACGGCUUCGGAGGAUUCCUCGCUAUACCAGCAGACGACGCACGACCAAGGAGCGCCGGUAAUCUUGGUCCCGCUGCAGGACUUGGACACGGACACUCGCAUUCUCAGAGUUUUGGUGGCGAACCUAGCCCGCGGGCAAGCUGGAUGAGUCAUGCGGGACGUGAGAAGCGGGCUUCAAGGGCGGAUUUGUGGCGUUAA